CGACGUUGCACGUGGUUCGUGAGUGCUUGGCGUGUGUACCUCCAUCUUUCCCCGCGCGUUUACUUUCCCUACCACUUCGCUCUAAGUGCGCCGGCACAAACGCGGUAUAAAAACGAAUGCACGUCGGCGAGACGCUUAGUGCGUCUCGUGCGGCGUUGUGAUAUAAGUGUAUUAGAGAUCUCAUCUUUGUUCUGUAAUUAAUUAGCAAUUUUCUGCGACGUUAUUACAAUUAGAGAGACUUCGAGAUAAAAAAAACAAAAUAUAAGUACGUUGAAUUUUAAUCGUUGCGAUUAAGUGUUCGACGAAACAAUCGCGCGGUCUUGACGAGGUAUAGAAGAUUUUUGAGUGACAAAAAUCAGAAGAAAAUUUGAAAAAAAAUUAUAAUUGUCACAGUUGAGUUGAUUAUGCCAAUAGAGUUGGAACCAAUGGCGCCUGUCGCUCAUAAAACCAUCUCUCGCAACGGAGAGAAAAAGAUGAACAAGCUGUGCCGUCAACUCUCGAUUGAGAGUCCGAGCGUGACCGGACGCGAGUGCGUAUUCAGCUUCGAUGUGCCGGUGCCGGACGUGCCGGCGCACGGUGCUCGCAUCCGAGUGAUGUGCGCUGGUGCGUGCUACCAUCCUCGACGAUCGCCGAGUCUGACCAGCCUGACCUCGGUCUCGAGCGGCAGCAGCCUGGCCGCCGACAUGUCCAUGGAGAGCGACUAUCCGGUGUCUCAGCCCCAUCAUGGGGUACGCGACGCCGCCCUGUUCCCUGGGUACGAGGUCGCCGGCGUCAUCGAGUCGUUCGGCAGCGAAAUACCCGAAGACUGCGAACUUGCCGUUGGCGAUCGCGUGGUCCUCUAUCCGUACGAAGGCAUUCCCAACGGCUAUGUUGAAUAUCUGGUGGUGCACGAUCUCAAAUAUCUGAUCAAGAUCCCGGACAACGUGUCGCUUAGCGUGGCCGCUAUGCUACCCGCUGGCGCGCUCCUCGCCAUGAACACCGUGUUCGCCGCACACGAACACGUACAGGCGUUAUUAAAGGAGAGAGGUGAGAAGAGUGUCUGCAAGAUUUUAGUUGUGGGCACAGGUGGUCUCGCUCUGUGGGCGCUCAGAAUCGCUUCCUAUCACUUCAGCAAUAUGAGAGACAGAGUUACAACUACAAUAGCAACUCUUAAGGACGACGGUCUUCUCAUCGCUCAGGAGUUCCAACGUGUAAACGUGGUGCAAUGGAGCGAGGAUUUGUACGAGAAACAGCUAAUCGAACGUACGAUGGACGCGUGCGGUGGUCAGGUGGACGUUGUGAUCGACUUUGGCACGACCUCGCGCAAUCUGCAUCGAAGCAUGCAAUGCCUCAGUAAAGGCGGCGUAGUGUUUGUGAUCAAGGAAGUCGCCGAUCGACUGCUGCCUAAGUUCAGUCGACGGGCGGAGGAGCGACAGCAGUCCAUUAAGCCGGUGGAACUCGGUACGUUGGAGCAAUUGCGUGAACUGGUACAAUUGGUCGCGUCCGGUGAGAUCGAGCCGCCGCCACAUACCGUAUAUCCCGCUGAAGAAGCCCUCGACGUCGUCCAAAAGCUUUGUCACUCGGAGAUUCAAGGACGCGCGAUUCUUCGUUUCUAUCCCGCGGAUUAAACGAUUCGUUGUUGAGAGAAUUUCUCCGCAAUUUUCGCGGAUUGACACAGAUUUGACGACAACAAUCGAAUGAAUUGAAAAUGCCGAACGCUGCCGGACGCCGGACGCUGGUCCGGGUGGGAAUAGUGGGUGAGAAUAGUUUCUUACGAUGGUGUGUUGGGGAACAACACACACUUUGUUUCAAAAAAACCAAGUUAAACUAUAAAGAAGUAGUUUGUCAACGAGGUUUAGAUUAGGUGUUGAUACACACGCGUACGUUCUGCGUUAUUAUAAUUCAUGAAUGCAAAGACUGACGAAAUGUUUUCAUGAAAUUCUCGACGACGCAGUAAUAGACACGGGACAUUUAAUGUAUUCGAGAUUAAAUGUGCUGAAAUCAUCCGUUUAGUUUCAUGACGAAUGCUAAGGCGGCGUACAAACAGCGUCUGAUUUUAUUAAAAUAAGCUGACUUCACAUAUUAUCAUUUUAAAUGUUGACACAUUUGUUUGAAAUAUAAAAAAAAAAAAAAAGUUAAGUUUCGCGCAUAGUAACGCAUCAAAAUAAUUUACGCGCACGUACGAAUUAAACCAAUAUGUGAUGAGAUAGAGAGAGAGAGAAAACCGAAACGCAAAGACGAACGCUACUGCUAUGAAAAACGGAGCGUUAUUAUUGUCGAAGAGAACGCUCUCUAUUUUCCCAUUGAGGAUGUUGGCAUUUUAUCGUCACUUCCUGUGACACAAAUCAAAGGCGUGGAUAAAAUAUGAUUUACGAAGAGAGAUAUGUAAUAUACGUAGACGUGAAGCAAUACAACUGUUGCUCGACGUGAGCGUGUGAGUGUCCUCUUCGAUGUGAAAAUUUUCGCGCUAUCAAAUCGAAUGAAUGCGCACAAUAUUUAGCUACUUUUGUAGCUUUUGUCUGUGUAUGCUGGAGGUAAAGAGGAUACGAACGACUUUGAAUGAAAGACUAUACUAUUAACUAUAAAAUAGUAUUAACUGUACUAUUUUAAUAUCUAUGUUAUAGCUAAUAAUAAUGACUGUUAAAAAGUCGCUGAUACAUCUCUGAAACAAACAAUAUAACACGACAGCACGAAAAUAAAAGAUAUAUCAAAGUGAAUAUUUUUGCUUAAAGCAGACGAACGAACGUCGGAUUUUUCUAUAAAAAAAAAAAAAGUGAUCCAGUGUCGCUGCUCCCUUGUUCUGUAACUUUACAGAACGACGAUUCUGCGUUAAUCGUAUCGUAUUGCGCGGCUAACUGCACACUUAGCGCGCCUCAAAAGUUACAGAAUCAGGUCCGCUGCUGCGUACAAUUGUUAAAGGUCUGUACUUUUUGCGUUUAUUACAGAAUGUGAAUUUUACACGGUAUUUGGGAUAAGUUUGAAAUUCAAAAUAUAUAUAUGUAUAUAUAUAUAUAUUCUACGUUAUUAAACCAUCUUGUUAAUCUGUAUAUAUAAAUACGUACGAACAUGAAGGUACAGACCUGUUUGUUACGUGUAAAAUUUGAUGUAAACAAAAAAAAACGAUCGGCGACACACAUUAUUAAUUCUAACGUUGUACAAGAGAGGUAUCUUCAAAACCGUUUGUUAACGGGAUUUGCCGCUAUUUGUCCCACUUAUUGAGAAAUACACAAUAAUAAAACAGCAACGAUUAAAAAAACAAAAAAAGUAGAUAAUAUAUAUAUAUCCUGUUAUCGUCCGAAGUAUAUCACUGUGUAUUAUUUCUGCGUGUGAGUAUGUUGCGAGCGAUGUAUGUUUCUCGAUAAAUAUCGACAAA